AUGGCAGAAUGCUUCAAUGCAGUUAUACUUGAUGCUAGGAAGAAGCCACUACUGACCAUGCUUGAAGAGAUAAGGCUAUAUAUGAUGGAUAGGUUUUACAACCUCAGGGAGUUAGCUGAAAAAUGGGAAGGAGAUGUGUGUCCAUCUGCAAUUAAGAAAAUGGAAGAAUUUGGUGAGGACUUGAAGUUUUGGAGGGUACACCCUAGUGGACAAAAUGAAUUUGAAGUUAGAAAUGGUCUUGAAUCAUAUGGAGUCAACAUAGAGAAAAGGAGUUGUGCAUGUAGACUUUGGGAUGUAUCAGGGAUACCAUGUGUCCAUGCCCAAGCAUCUAUCAUGUUAACUCAUCAGGAUCCAAAGACAUUUAUCAGCAAGUGGUUUGGUAAGGCAAUGUACAUUUCAAGUUAUAGUUAUAACAUUCUACCUGUUAAUGGCAACAAUUUAUGGAUAGAAGCUCCUUAUAUUAAGCCCUUACCCCCCUUAGAGAGGAGGAUGCCAGGCAGGCCUACUGUGAAAAGGAAAAGGCAUGUAUCAGAGAGGGAUGACAAGUUCUCUCAAGUGUCCUCAAAGGGUAGAACUGUCCAAUGUCAAAACUGUCAACAAAAGGGGCACAACAAGAAAACCUGUAAAAAUCCACAUGUUGAACCAGAUCCUAAACCCAAUAAGAAAAUAGGCAGGCCAAGAUUGGACCCUAGUCUAACCCAAUGGAUAAGACGUGGUAGAGGGGGGACAAGGGGAAAUAGAGGAGGUGGUAGGGUACCUAGAGGUGGGGGUGGCUUUCAUAGCUGGUUUGAAAGAGGUGAAACCUCAAAUACAGUACCACCCCAAAAAAGGGUCAAUGAAGAAUAUAAUUCUGAAGAGAUGGUGGAUGUAGAUGUGAUGAGUGAUGGAGAUGGGCUGGAUAUGGCAGAUAUGGACUACAUUACACAACAAAUUACAGAGUUGAGGAAAUCAGGUUACACUGAUGUAGACAUUAUGAGAUGCCUUGGAAUUACAAAAGCUCAUUUAGAAGAGUUUGGAUAUGUGGCUGCCAAUGUUGAAGGUGGACUAGAAGGAGAUGGACAGGGUAAUGAAGAAGAAGGAGGACAUGGACAAGGAGAUGGAGUGGAAGGAGGUGGAGAUGGACAAGAAGGAGAAGGAGAUGGAGAAAAAGAAUAUGGAGAAGGAGAUGAAGGAGAUGGACAAGAAGAUGAAGAAGGUGUUCCAGUGAAUGAUCCAGUACAACAAGGUCAUUUUGGGAAUAAUAUGAAACAAAGAACAAGGAGACCCUCAGAGAGGAUCAUUCUUCAGAAGCUGAAAAAAAGGUGGUUGACCCUCUUGGUAUAG